AUGCUGACACAAAAGUGUCUCAUUACUUCAAGGAUUCUCUUGCUGGGUAUUGUGCGGUUCCUCUUCCCACCAGGUAUUGUGCAGUACCUCUCACCACCAGGUAUUGUGCAGUACCUCUCACCACCAGGUAUUGUGCAGUUCCUCUCACCACCAGGUAUUGUGCAGUUCCUCUUACCACCAGGUAUUGUGCGGUUCCUCUCACCACCAGGUAUUGUGCAGUUCCUCUUACCACCAGGUAUUGUGCGGUUCCUCUCACCACCAGGUAUUGUGCAGUUCCUCUUACCACCAGGUAUUGUGCAGUUCCUCUUACCACCAGGUAUUGUGCAGUACCUCUCCCCACCAGGUAUUGUGCAGUACCUCUCACCACCAGGUAUUGUGCAGUACCUCUCACCACCAGGUAUUGUGCAGUUCCUCUUCCCACCAGGUAUUGUGCAGUUCCUCUCACCACCAGGUAUUGUGCAGUUCCUCUUACCACCAGGUAUUGUGCAGUUCCUCUUACCACCAGGUAUUGUGCAGUUCCUCUUACCACCAGGUAUUGUGCAGUUCCUCUUCCCACCAGGUAUUGUGCAGUACCUCUUCCCACCAGGUAUUGUGCAGUUCCUCUUACCAACAGGUAUUGUGCAGUUCCUCUUACCACCAGGUAUUGUGCAGUUCCUCUUACCACCAGGUAUUGUGCAGUUCCUCUUACCACCAGGUAUUGUGCGGUUCCUCUUACCACCAGGUAUUGUGCAGUUCCUCUUACCACCAGGUAUUGUGCAGUUCCUCUUACCACCAGGUAUUGUGCAGUUCCUCUCACCACCAGGUAUUGUGCAGUUCCUCUUACCACCAGGUAUUGUGCGGGUCCUCUUACCACCAGGUAUUGUGCAGUUCCUCUUACCACCAGGUAUUGUGCAGUUCCUCUUACCACCAGGUAUUGUGCAGUUCCUCUUACCACCAGGUAUUGUGCAGUUCCUCUUACCACCAGGUAUUGUGCAGUUCCUCUCACCACCAGGUAUUGUGCAGUUCCUCUUACCACCAGGUAUUGUGCAGUUCCUCUUACCACCAGGUAUUGUGCAGUUCCUCUCACCACCAGGUAUUGUGCAGUUCCUCUCACCACCAGGUAUUGUGCGGGUCCUCUUACCACCAUGUAUUGUGCGGGUCCUCUCACCACCAGGUAUUGUGCGGGUCCUCUCACCACCAGGUAUUGUGCAGUUCCUCUUACCACCAGGUAUUGUGCGGGUCCUCUUACCACCAGGUAUUGUGCAGUUCCUCACACCACCAGGUAUUGUGCAGUUCCUCACAACACCAGGUAUUGUGCAGUUCCUCUCACCACCAGGUAUUGUGCAGUUCCUCUUACCACCAGGUAUUGUGCAGUUCCUCUUACCACCAGGUAUUGUGCAGUUCCCGACGUUUUAG